AUGGUCUUACAUGUCAGGGAGGUUGUUUACCAUUUGCACCUUGGCUGCAACUAUUGGUUCACCUCCAGCGGUGGGCAGCGGCUGCUUCGCAUUGGCAGCGGAGCCUGCGGGCUGGCGCUGGAGGAGGACUUCCAGAAGGAAAACUUGGUUGAGAAGGGCAAGUACCUGGGACAGCCUGGUGGAAGUGUGAGUGUGGAAGAGAAGACGAGCAACUUGUGGAGCUUGCUGCCGAGUUUCGACCCUAGUGUCGAUAGCGCCAAAGAGUAUGCGGACAAGGUGAAGUUUCUAUGGGGCAUAUGCCCUGUGAAGGACAGAAGUAUGUUGGCACCAAGGUUGGCUUUGCAGUGCAAAGGGACUGCAUGGAGUCAGGUGAGAGCCAUUGAUGCGUCGAAGUUGACAGACCCUGAGACUGGUUACAAGGUACUGUUGAAAGCUUUGGAGACCUGGGAGGAUGCCGAGGAACUUCAGACCUUUGACAAAUUUGAGAAGGCGUUUUACCGAGUAGUCCAAAAGACAGACGAGUCAGCAAUGUCGUUUGUCAACCGAAUCAAUGUUGCUUUCGAAGAAGUGGGCUCUGAAACAACCGUCCAACAAGUUCGAGCCUUCGUGAUGUUGAGACAGAGUGCCUUGACUGUUGAGGACAAGAAGCGUGUGGUCUCUAUGGCAGGCAACUAUGAUCCGUCGGCAGUGGAAAAGGCAAUGAGGUCCCUGUCGACCAAAGUGCUUGGGCAGACAGAUGCUGGACGCACGAAGGUGUAUCCAGCCAACUUUGUGGAAGAGGAGUUGGAUGAAAUUCACUAUGCAGCUGAAGAAGAAUGUGAUGAAGAGCAAGCCUUAGCCAUGCUCAUCGAGGAAGGUGAUGAGACAGCACUUGCCAUACAAGAGUUCGAGGAUCAGGUGAUCCAUGUUUGUCAGGAUUCACCUGAACUGGCCAUGGCGUUCUCCACGUACCAGGAGGCACGACAGAAGCUUCGAGACAAAUUUCGCAGCCGAGGGUUUUGGCCCCUUCGUCAUGGAAAAGGGAAAGGCAAGAACAAGUCAAAGAAGGGCAAAGGCCCCAGAAAGUAUCAGAGUCUUGCAGAGCGCAUAGCAAGCUCUACCUGUCGCGCCUGUGGAGCACGAGGCCACUGGAAGGAUGAGUGCCCGCUGAAGGACAAGAAUGUGACUGCAGAUGCGAACGUGAUCCUCACGGAAGAGCUCUCAGGGGGUGGUGAACUUCUUGAUGAACUUCCUGGCCAUGAUCUUGCCAAUUGGCAGGAAAGUAGGAAUGGCAGCUUAGGUGACUCAGGCACUGGGAUCAUUGAUACCGGUGCAAGCAAGUCCGUGAUCGGCGAAAAGCGAGUGAGUGCACUUUUGACUACUUUGAAGGCAGAACACCGUGAGAUGAACCAGAUCGGCUUCAAAGUCAGUCCGCUCUUUCUCAAGCUGACAGCCAUGACUCUUCCAAGUGCCUCGGGAACGCCAUUUCCGGGACUCCAGACAGAGAUGCUAGAUGCGAUGCUGUCCGGAGAAGUGGAUGCCUCUCUGGCCUUCGAAGAUCGACAACUACCAGAGAUCAAAAGUCGUCGCCCUCCAGGUGUGAUGACCUUGAAGGAGUGGGGUCAGUUGAAGUUCCCGGAAGGGAAGUGGCGGCACAAGUCCUUCUUUCAGGCAUACCAGGAGGAAGAUUGCUCGAAGGCCUUCUACCAGGAGUAUGCCAGACAGUGGGCCAAAGCCGAGAUGUCCAAGAUGUAUCCGAAGGCAGAGAUCGAGAAGAGUCAAGGACCAGAGUGGGAGCUGUUGACAGGAGGGGUGACAUCGCGUCCGAUGAGCACGAUGUCAUCACCAAGUCAGAAGCGCCCCAUGGAAGAAGAGCAGUCGCAGAUGGCGAUCGAGGUGCAGCAGAAAGAGGAGAUGAUCACUCGCAUGGCGAUCUUGCAGCGCGAGAUGGACAAGAUCAAGGCCGACUUGGAGGGCAACUUCAGUCGCAGAAACAUGGGCAGGAGCAAAAGCACAGAACAAAUGAUUUCAGAGGGUCGCAAGAAGCAACGUGUUCAUUUGUUUGAUGAGAAGCCACUGGUUUUGGAUGAGUUGCAUUUGCAUGUUUGUGAUGUUGAUGAAGCUUUUGUUGCCGGAGUUGUCAAAAGAAAAAGAGUGUCCGCUGCAGCAGUUCCAGAGAGCUUAGAAGAGCCGGUUUCAGCAGAAGUGAAGCGUCCAAGGUAUCACAGCAAACAGACACCAGCAGGUGACCACGGAUGUGCAGCCGGUGAAUAUUGGGAUGGCAUUUUUAAGAAAAUUGAAACCAUGGUUCCACGGGUAGGCAAACGUGUUUUGGAUGAUGAUGGGGUUUUAGCUCAGAUUCAGAAGGGGGCCCCAAACUUGAAGGUUCAGAGGGUUGAAGCCUGUAGGGGAACUGAGAGGUUGCGCCUUCCUGGAGCUGAUGCGGACCCAGAAACCAUCCCGUUGAGAUUGACCGUGGUCAAAGACCGCAUCACGGGUCAGUCAAUGGUACUUGGCCCAGCUGAGGAAUGGGCUGCUCUGCCAAAAAGGCAGCAAAUUCGAAAGGGUCAAUCUGCAAAGAUGAGCCUCACCAUUUUUGGAAGUUUUCCAAAGUCAGGGGAGCUUGAGACAAUGGGGUCUGAUAAGGAAGCAGGUACUGGGGAUGAUGGUGAAGAUGUUGUUGUGGUAAGUAAAGACCCUCCCAAGAAUGUUCCGGUUCAUGGACCAGGGUACAUGUUGUUGAAUGGUGAUGAAAAGGCUCAGAUUCGGAGGUUGCAUCACAACUUAGGCCAUCCACAUCCACAGAAGUUUGCCUGGUUUUUGAAGGAAAGGCAUGCGGAACCUCAUUUGGUUCAAGGAGCUCUGGAUUUUCAGUGCGACAGUUGUGCGGAAACAAAAGCUGGUCCAGACUCCACCCGUCCUGGCACAAUUCAUGAGAAUCUGGGAUUCAAUCAAGUGAUUGGUAUGGACACUGCUGUUUGGACUAAUAGUGUUGGUAAGAACUUUCAGUUUUCUCAUAUCAUUGAUGAAGGGACUUUGUUUCAUGUUGGUUCUCAUGUUGUCAGUGCGGACACAGAUUCUCAAAUUCGAGUCUUUGAGAAAUGUUGGAUGUUAUGGGCUGGCACUCCACAAGUUGUGUAUGUUGACCCUGGCACGGAAUAUACGGCAGAAGCAUGGCAGGACAGAAUGCAAAGGCAUGACAUCCAUGUCAAAGUCAGUGCAAGUGAAGCACACUGGCAACUGGGGAGAGUGGAAAUUCACGGAUCAGUUGUGAAGAAGAUGUUGAGUCGCAUGGAUUUGGAGUCACCAAUAAACUCGGUUGGGGAGUUUGAGCAGGCUUUGGUUCAUGUGUUCAAUGCCAAGAACAGUUUAUCCAGAGUGAAGGGAUACUCUCCCGAACAAGCUGUCCUUGGAAUUGCCAAAAGAUUGCCUGGGUCCGUUGUCUCUAGUCAGGGGGUAGGAAGUAUAACUCUGGCUGAAGGGACUGGUCCCGAGAGCGAAGCCUUUCGAGCCAGUCUGGAAAGACGCAGCAGUGCACGCAGAGCUUUCAUAGAAGCUGAUAAUUCAUCCAGUCUUCGUCGUGCGCUUUUGAGGCGGACUCGGCCAAUGCGAGGACCUUUUGAAAUAGGAGAUCUUGUGUUGUAUUGGCGUAGGAGGGGUGCCAAUCUACGUAGAGAUCGUGGUCGCUGGUAUGGGCCAGCGAGUGUUGUUGCAGUCGAAGGGUCCAAGAAUGUUUGGUUGAAUCAUGCUGGAAAGCUAGUGCGCACGAGCCCUGAGCAACUUCGUGCAGCCAGUUUUCGGGAGUGGAAGCAGGCCAAAGAGUUGCUCACAGAGUCUGGCCCAGGGAACUCAGAUUUACAGAGAGCCCUCAAUGAUGGCAGUUUCAUUGAUGUAGAUGGGGAGGAUUUUCCUGACUGGGAAGCUGAAACAGAGGGAUAUGACCCAUCAAUUGGGGAGCCCGAAGGAGAGUUGUCAGUUCAGCCACCUGGGACACCUAAUGGGGAGUUGAGCAAUCAGUCUGAACCGCCUCAAGGAGUGGAACAGUCAGAGAAUGAACUCCCUGAUUACGUGCGUGUGCCGGUUCCAGGAAGUGUCAGUGAGUCCGAUGGUGAUGCCUCACAGGCGGGCGUCAAUCUUGAACCAACGGAUGACCUUCUGUUUGGAGAUGACAUCACCAUGUCUGCAGAUGAUAGGUGUUGCCAGUUCUGGGAGAUUGAAAUUCCUGUUGAAAACCAUGAAGAGCAUGCACUGUUUUGCGCUGGAUCAGCAGAUGAAAGUGUGUUGUUGGUGACUGGAGCAAAGAAGAAACGAGUUGAAGUCCGUUUGAGUGAUUUAAGCAGUGCUGACCAACAGCGCAUGGCGGUGGCCAAGCACAAAGAAAUAGGCGCCUGGCUCAAACAUGGAACUGUGAGAAAAGCAUCCAAAGGAAAAAUUCCUGAGGAAGCAAUCAUGCGCUGCCGAUGGCUGCUCACCUGGAAAUCAGCCUCACCUGAGGAUCACCCCAAGGAUGUGAGUGAGGGUCGUAAGGCAAAGGCCCGGUUGAUUGUUGUUGGAUACGAGGAUCCUGGAGUUGGGGUGGUUCAAAAUGAUUCACCCACACUCACCAAAGAUGGAAGACAGAUGGUGGUGCAACAGGUGAGUAGUCAUGGUUGGGAACUAGUUUCCUUCGAUGUCUCAACUGCCUUUCUUCAAGGCGAAGGAGACGGCCGCUUGCUUGGUUUGCAUCCCACCCCAGAGUUAACAGAAGCCCUUGGGUCGGAACCUGGUGAUCAGUGUCAAUUGGUAGGUAGUGCGUAUGGUCGUGUUGAUGCUCCUUAUUUGUGGUAUUGUAAGUUUCGUGACUCGUUGUUGCAAGAAGGUUUUAAACAGUGUCCUUUUGAUCCUUGUGUUUUUACUCUUGUUUCUGUUGAUGAAAAGGGGAAAGAAAGAGUUCAUGGUCCCCUAGGGGUUCAUGUCGAUGAUGGCAUUGGGGGUGGGGACAACAUGUUUAUGGCAGCCUUGGAAAGAGUCAGAAAGCGUUUCAGUUUUGGAUCAUUUGAAAAAGGGUCCUUUGUCUUCACGGGCAUAAGGUUUCAGCAGUGGGAUGAUGGCAGUGUGGAGUAUGAUCAGAUUGACUAUAUAGAGAAGAUUAGGCCAAUUGAAAUCCCAAAACAGAGACGUACCAAUGCUGAAGCUGCGCUGAGCCCGAGUGAAGUGACGCAGUUGCGAAGUCUUGUUGGAGCUCUGCAAUAUGCAGCAGUCCAUACCCGUCCCGACAUCGCGGCCAAAGUUGGAGAGAUCCAAAGUAGGGUAGCAAAGGCAACAGUCGAUGACAUGAUUUUUGCAAAUCGAGUGUUGCAUGAGGCAAAGGUUCACCCUGUGACUUUAAUGACAUUGCCGAUUGCCCCUGAACAAGUGACUUUCUGUGCCUUCUCCGAUGCCUCGUUCCUUUCAGGAAAAGAGAAAUAUGCCCAUCAGGGAGGUUUGAUUUUUGUCACGACUCCAGAGUUGCUGGAGAACAAGAGAUCAGUGGUAGCACCAGUAGCUUGGAUGAGCAAGAAAAUUCAACGGGUGACUAGGAGCACCUUGGGGGCUGAAGCAGUGGCAUUGAGUGGGAAUGUUGAUCGUUUGUUGUGGUUGAGGAUUUUGUGGCAGUGGAAUAACCCCUCGAUUGAAUGGCAGUCCCCCGAGAAAGUGUUGCACGAAGCCCGACAAGCUGCUCUUGUGACCGACUGUAAGAGUGCCUAUGACCUUCUGACUCGCACGGCCGUUCCACAGUGUGAGGAGCAUAGGACCACCAUUGAGUGUUUGCUCAUCAGAGAAAGAUUGCAGGCCAAUUGCGCAGUGAGAUGGGUUACAUCAAAUGCUCAGCUUGCAGAUUGUUUGACAAAGAGCAUGGAUGCAAGCGUUUUGCGACAGUGUUUGAAGAGUGGUCGGUAUUCUUUGUUUGAUGAAAAUCGAGUGUUGCAACAGAGAUCUGACAAGCGACAGCGUUUGAAAUGGGCCAAAGAAGUGACGUCCAAGUCUCCAGAAAAUGAGACAGUUUUGAAAUGUACAGAAGAAGUCCGGCAGGAAUUCUGGAUUGUCCUGUUGAUCUUAGAACCUUGGGGUUGGAGAGAGUAA